UUCAGUCUGACAACUUCACUUCUCUUCUGCCUCAACUUUCCCAAGAGAUAAGAAGAACCAACGCAUGGACAUCGUCAACAUCUUUCAAGUGAAAAGGCGUUAAAAGCGCAAGUUUCGAAGUUUAAGAAAUCUGAACUACCUGUAACCAUGGGAUGCGCUGGAUCCACCCAGGUUAAUGAAAGCAAAACAGGGAAGAAGCUCCGUGUGAUGAGUGCUACUGAAAGAACCUUCAAUGCUGCUAUACUGAUUCAGAAGUGGUACAGGAGGUAUCUUGCCAGGGAAGAAGUAAGGCGAAGGUGCUCGUGGACCAUUUUCACAACCCUGGAAUAUGCUGGGGAGCAGGAUCAGACGAAGGAGGAGAUCAAAAAAACCUUGUACAACUUCUUCACUGACUUGUUAGUACACAUUCUUAAAGUCAAAAACAAAAAUCGACUCGUUGGAGCAAUCGCUUUACCAAGUCCAUACGGUCCAGCAGGAAAAAGCCUACUUGAGCUGGAGGAGGAAGGAGAAGAUGAUGAGUUGCAAAAAAAGACUAAUCCGAGGACAAUCAAAGUGGAGCCUGAAUACAGAGGUAUAAAAAUCAGACAUCCAAUGAAUGCUCAGACUGUCCUGACUCUGAUCGAGUACUAUAAACACCGAAAGACUCUUCAUGCUAAAUACGUACUAUCAGUCAUUCAUGAAGCACGUAACAUACUUAAAUACAAGCCGAACAUCAGUUACGCUUCGACCGUUCAUUCAAAACAGAUUACAGUUUGUGGAGACCUGCAUGGAAAACUGGAAGAUUUGUUGACCGUGUUCUAUAAGAACGGUCUGCCAUCUCAUGACAAUCCGUACGUGUUUAACGGGGACUUCGUCGAUCGUGGUAAUCAAUCGAUGGAAGUGCUGAUGAUACUACUAGCAUGCCUUGUUGUAUGGCCAGAUGCUGUUUUCUUAAACAGAGGAAAUCAUGAAGACUUCAUGAUGAACGUGCGGUACGGAUUUUUGAAGGAGAUUAUGCUCAAAUAUAAGGAUAAAUACGGCUGGAAAGUAAACCCGAGCAAUACUCACGCUGCCAAAAUUUUGCGAGCUUUGGAGGAUCUCUACGCUUGGUUACCCCUGGCCACCAUAGUAGAUAGCAAGGUGUUCAUAGUUCACGGAGGUGUAUCUAACAACACAAAUUUGAAAGACGUUGCCGCAAUUGAUCGACAUAAGUUUCUGACAGUUCUGCGACCCCCAAUGAAGGAUGGCAAGAUGAUACAGGAGCCUGGUGAGUGGAAGCAGAUCAUCGAUUUACUAUGGAGUGAUCCUCGCCCUAAGGCGGGUUGUUUCCACAAUAACUUCCGCGGUGGAGGCUGCUUCUUCGGACCAGAAGUCACAAAAUCAUUUCUUGAGCGCCAUCAAUUGAAGUUACUCAUUCGUUCCCAUCAAUGCAAAACUGACGGUUAUGAGUAUGCUCAUAAUGACCAGGUUAUCACCGUUUUCUCCGCUUCGAACUAUUACGAUACAGGCAGCAAUAGAGGAGCCUAUAUCAAAUUGAUUGGAGACGAACUUAUAGUUCAUCCCGUUCUGUACGUCAGCAGCAAACUGGCUCGCCAUGCUACUUUACGCCAAAGACAAGGCAUUCUCGAACAGUCAGCUUUAAGGGAGCUCAAAAGACACAUUGCUUCGAAGAGAUUCGUGUUGAUGCAGGAGUUCAAUAAAAGAAACAAGGCUAUGGUUUCUACUAUCUCCCUGAAUGAUUGGUGUGAAGCUAUGGAAGCAGCAGUGGGAUUGGGUCUUCCAUGGCGAUUACUUUGCCCGAAACUGGCCGUUUAUGAUCCAGAAAAACAGCUAGUCGAGUAUUCUACAACUUUGGAAGAUUACCACACUUAUACUGAAGGACUGAUAGAGGAUGGCCAUACUCUUCUGGAGGCUUUAUAUCAAAAUAAAGAAAUUUUGGAGGCGGUAUUUAAUAUGAUUGACAGAGAUGGUCAUGCCAGAAGCAAGCUGGACCGUCAUCCAGGUUCUAUCUCUAUGGAUGAGUUUGUCGAUACGUGUUCUUUUCUCGGCGACCAGCUGGGCAAACCUAUUCCUCCAGGCACGAUUCAAGAUUUGGCUCACAGCAUUGACAUGAACAAAGAUGGAUUCAUCGAUCUGAAUGAAUUUUUAGAAGCAUUCAGGUUGGUAAAUGGGAAUCGUCCUCUCCCAAGUGAAGCUCCGCCUGAAGAAGUACCAGACAACAACUCUGAUGGAACUUCUGCAGGAAACGGCAGUUUUCAAGUUGUUGAAGGAGAAGCUGCUUCACAAGCUCCAGAAACAAAGUCUAUUGAAGAAGACUUGGACGUAGAUGAUAACUGUAGCUUACGACUGUAUUAACGAGGCCAAAUACUUGUAGUUUUGUAGUAUAGUAGUUAGUUCUAUGUAUGCGUUGUUGUUGUGAGGGCUGUUCAAUAUAGAAUGAUCACAAUUUUUAAAGUUGAUUGUAAAAAAAAUCAAUAAAAAUUAAAUUAAUAUGGCAUGUAUAUCUGGAUAAGUGAAAGAUAGAUGCCAAUAACGUCACUGUUGUGACCUUGGCAACCGGCCCAGUACGAGUUGUUUCACUAACGGCUAUGCCAAAAACAGUUAUGAUGCGUGACAAAGAUAUUGCAAUUUUGUUUUUUCCUCAAAAAAUUGUUGUUUGAAACCUUUGAGAUGCUACGAUACGUUUAUGGUGAGUCUGUCUGUCAUUAUAGUACAGCUAAAAAAACGUUUAAAAUGUUUAAAGGGGGAAAAUAAUUAUUUCAAAGGAAGAUGGACUUGACGCUCUAGUGAAAACUCUAAUAGAAGUAAAUAUCAACAUAUUUAUUGUGAUAAUGAAAGAAGAUCGUCGAUUAAAGAGACCUAUCAGAAAGGCUACUCAAACGUUGCUCAAAGAAAAACUGCACAUAUUACAUUUUGUGCAUUCGAGAUUAUUCAUCCUUUAAAAGCAAACGUCACAUGAGUUACUCAUUCUCUUUAAAACCCUGCGCCAUGUGACUUUUUUUCACAUAUUUGAAGAAACAUCACCGAGGUAAAUACUUUCCAUCAUCAGAGGCAGUGGUGAAAGCUGCGGGGGCAAUUUUGAAAAGCAUGUUGAAAAUAGUUACCAGCAUGAAUUUGAAGACCAGGAAUAAAUCCAUUGCACGUAAUGGGUAGCACUUUUGUAAAUACCAUAUAAAUAUAAAAGAUAAGUACUUGCCAUUAUAAGUAAGAUAAGUAAGAAUUAUUUUGUGUUCAUUAAUGGUCACUCUUUAUUGAACAGCCUUUGUAUUGUCCGUCAAAAAAGUAGCUAGAAACUUCUUAUUGCUCGUAAUAUAUAAAAGGUAAAUUUAAGGAAAAUGUGUCAUUUUAAUUAGAAAUAGGGGAGAUCAAGGCAAGAUAUAGAAUGGAUUAGUUUAUGUUCAUAUCACUCGAAUUUCACUACUUUACGAAUACUUUUAGCCCUUCAUAAAGCUACUCAAUAAAAAUGUGGGGCCAUUCCUGCCAUUUUAUAGUUUUUCAGAAAAUAAUUACGUAUUUUGUCUGAAGUUUUAUAAUUCUCAAACUUUUUAAAGUAUUACCUCGUUGAGCAACAAUGAAAAUAUUGAGCUAGUCUUCAUUAUACUCUUUCAUUGCAUACAGUUCAAGAAAAAUUUCUUAACAGCCUUUAAUGUAUUGUCUUAUAUCUUCUAAGAAUAAAAAAAUGUAUUCAAUUUUUAUCAGGAUUGUCACUUUCCUACAAGGUGCUGGAGCAAGAUUGUAUAACUUUUAUAUUAACUUUUUAAAAUGGUAAAAUAGCAUCUGUUAUAUUAAAAUAAAAAUUUAUCUAACUAGGUACAAUACAAAAAAUAUACCAUGCCAAUAAUAUGUGAAAAGAAAAACAAUUUACCUCUAAUUUACUCUGAAAUUAAAUUUGUUAAAAGGUCGACUUGCCUUAUCUCCCUUGUGUAUUUUUUAAAAAUGUUUAAGCUGCAUUUACAUAAGGGAACAUGUACAUACUUAUAUUAGCAUUAUCGUCAAAUUUCCCAAUUGCAAUCUUCAUUUUUUUGUCUUUUUAAUGAUUUUGCACAGUUAGAAAGUACUAGCUAUAAACUUUUACACAUAUCAGUUCAAAAUAUCAGGGAUAUAUAAGAAAAAAGAUUCCGGGGCUCUUUGUAUAUACGCAAAUGUAGCAAAUGAAUCAUUUAAAAAAUAUUUUCCUUUGUUCAAAUUUUUCAUUUCGAUCUUUAAUACUGUAAUUUUUUUCUAAGAAAGAUUUAUGCCUUUUUUUUUUAAGUGACUGAAUAAGAAUUCGAACUACAUGUUUUCAU